AUGAUUCAAUCCAUUAGAGGUCAGAUUUUAGAAAAAAUAAUUAUGUCGACAAUAGAUAAUUCAUUUCAUUUGGUGUUUAGCAAUAAAUAUUUGAGUAAAUUGAUUUUCGAUGUGAUUCGAGCGAGUGCAUCGAAAUUCAAACAAACAGAGUUUGAUUUACAAGAAAUAGAAAAUAGAAUACUUAAAAGAUUUAAUUAUACAUCUGUUUCCAACAAAAGAAUUAGUACCAGUAAUUUAAUAAUUGAUAAUAAUAUUAAUAGUAAUAAUAAUAGUAGUAGCAGUAGUAUUAGUAGUAGUUUGUUUAGUAAUAAUAUUAUUGAAAACAACAGUAGUAGCAAUAGUAGUAUAGAAAAAACAAUAGAAGAAGAUUUAUUGGCAAUGACCAACGCUGCAAGCCGUGGUGACGUCCAAACCAUCAAAUUUCUAUUCGAUCAUCGCACGGAGCGUAACGACACUGCACUUUACACUGCCGCUGCACACGGUCAUCUAAACGUAGUGGAAUUCCUAUUAGAUAAUUAUUAUUCAACAACAACAGAACAUCAAGAAAAUCAACAUCAACAUCAACAACAACAAAAUAUAUUUUUCGAUUAUACAAAUCAUAAAGCAAUGGGAGGACAGUCAGAUCUCACCGAUAUUCGAACAGGCGUUGUAUCAUGGCUGUCUGGAGGUUGUCAAGUUCAUCCAUAG